CGGGGGCCCCGGGCGAGAGGGAGUAGAGGCCGGGGCAGAGGGCGAGGGCGGAGGGCGCUGGCGGCGGAGGCCGCGGAAGAUGAGCAGCAGUUGCUCAGGGCUGAGCAGGGUCCUGGUGGCCAUGGCUAUAGCCCUGGUGUCUGCCUCUUCCCCCUGCCCCCAGGCCUGGGGCCCCCCAGGGGUCCAGUAUGGGCAGCCUGGCAGGUCCAUGACGCUGUGUUGCCCUGGAGUGACUUCUGGGGCCCCCGUGUCCUGGUUUCGGGAUGGGGAGACAAGGCUGCUCCAGGGACCUGACUCUGGGCUAGGGCAUGAACUGGUCUUGGCCGGGGCAGACAGCACUGAUGAAGGCACUUACAUCUGCCGGACCCUAGAUGGUGCACUUGGGGGCGUUGUGACCCUACAGCUGGGCUACCCCCCGGCCCGCCCUGUUGUUUCCUGCCAAGCAGCUGACUAUGAGAACUUCUCCUGCACUUGGAGUCCCAGUCAGGUCAGCGGUUUACCCACCCGCUACCUCACCUCCUACAGGAAGAAGACAGUACCAGGAGCUGAUGGCCAGAGGAUGAGUCCAUCUACAGGGCCCUGGCCAUGCCCACAGGAUCCUCCAGGGGCUGCCCGCUGUGUUGUCCAUGGGGCAGAGUUCUGGAGCCAGUACCGAAUCAAUGUGACUGAGGUGAACCCCCUAGGGGCCAGUACACGCCUAUUGGAUGUGAGCUUGCAGAGCAUCUUGCGCCCUGACCCACCUCAGGGGCUUCGAGUUGAGUCGGUACCUGGCUACCCCCGACGCCUGCGUGCAAGCUGGAUGUACCCGGCCUCCUGGCCCCGCCAGCCCCAUUUUCUGCUCAAGUUCCGACUACAGUACCGUCCAGUGCAGCAUCCAGCCUGGUCCAUGGUGGAGCCAGCUGGAUUGGAGGAAGUGAUCACGGAUGCUGUGGCUGGGCUGCCCCAUGCUGUACGAGUCAGUGCCCGGGACUUUCUGGAUGCUGGCACCUGGAGUGCCUGGAGCCCCGAGGCCUGGGGAACUCCAAGCAUUGGGUCCCUGCCAAAGGAGAUACCAGUUGGGGACCAGCCACACAAACAGCUAGAGGAGGAGCCUCAGGCAGACAGCCCUGCUCCCCCCAGGCCCUCCCUCCUGCCAGACCCACGGCCACUUGACCACAGGGACCCCCUGGAGCAGGUAGCAGUGCUAGCAUCUUUGGGAAUCUUCUCUUUCCUGGGACUGGCAGCUGGGGCCCUGGCACUGGGGCUCUGGCUGAGACUGAGACCAGAUGGUAAGGAUGGACCCCAAAAGCCUGGGUUCUUGGCUCCAGUGAUUCCAGUGGACAAACUUCCCGGAGCCCCAAACCUAUAGAUGACCCAGGAGGGCUUCAGCUGAUUCCACCUAUAACUCUGUCUUGCUGGUGUGGAUGGACAGAUAAAACCCAGGCAGGAUAGACCCCCUUGGAGGCAGGGGUGUGGGGAGUGGUCUCAGCUGGAAGUUCUGUUUGGAGCCCAUUUCUAUGAGACUCUGUGUUCCCAACUUGCCAGCUGGAAGUGGCCAGAUGUCUGAUUUCAUCUCAGAGUUGGAGGUCUACCAGAGUAACAUGUGUAGAUGAGUAUGUUUGUGUCAAUGUGUGCCCAUGUGUAUGUGAAUAGGGAACUUGUGUUCCCUAAAUUUAUGCAUGUAGAUGCCUGGGGAGUAUGUGUGGGUCGUUGGCUCUUGACGUUGCCCCUGGAGGAGUUUGUGAAGAUGUGAAUAAAGAGAAUGAGGAGUUUCUUCUGCUUAUUGA